AACCUGCAUUAUAUAGACGUUUGAAAAGCUAAAAUUGGGGAUUAUAACUGUCAAAGCUGCCAAACCUGUCAACAGUGUCAUCUGCAUUUUUAAAUCGCCGCCAUUUCCCAUUUGUAAAAGAACGCUAACCGUCAAACAAAUUUUAUAAAAUAUUUUUCAGUUGUAAUUUUUGGAUAUUAAUAUUCCAUGGGCAUCUGAACCAUUUUGUAACAUAACACGUAUAUACUAGCAAUGCUUGUAGUGAUAGUUUAAUAUUCGAGGCAGAUUCGCUACCGAACUUUGGUUAGGAGUGCUUGGUCAGCUGGAAUUUUUUAGAUAUUAAUCGUUUUUGUUUUGCUGACGAAUAAUGGCUCAUUAUCAAAGACCAAGGAGCAGCUAUUUGCGUUUAGUGGAAACAGAUCAAAGUUUGGACAGUACUGAACUAGAUAAACAAAUUGAAAAACUGGUGGGACGAGGAAAUAGUAAAUAUAAAGAGCCUUCAAAGCUUUUUGCAGCCCCUGUAGAGGUACCACAAAUCCGUAGAUCAGUGGUAGCUAGAGCAUUACAAAACAUCUACAGCAGCACCCCAGUUGCACCAAAACACAAACCAGAAAUAUUUACUGAUGGAGUUUCACCCAUAACCUCUUUCAAUGGUACUGACGGUGAUGAUAAAAGUGACAAAGUUGAUAAAAAUAAACCACCAAGCAAUCUUACUAAGAAACAUAGUGGAGAGGUUGCUUCAACAUCAAAAUGUUAUCCAGAACAUUCUGCCGAUGGUGCUCUUAAUUGCAGUAACCAAGAAAAUGCUCACACUCAUAUCAGUCAAAAUGCACGUCAAUACUGUAAUCCAGAAGAUGAUGCGGUUCCACUGCCUCCCCCAAGGACAAAGAAGAAACAGACGGUACUUCAACAACAAAAUGUUGAAAAUAAACUGUUACAUUCCAUUGAAACUCGGUCUAAGAGAAGAUCCAAUAGUCAGGAGAAAUCUAAACUCUUUAAAGAACUACAUAUGGAUGAUGGCAAUAAACCAACAGAGGCUGAACUUGCAGACUUACAGAGUCUAAAGGCUAAUAUUAGAAAAUUAAUAGAAGAAAACGGCGAAACUACUCAAGACUCUUCCAGUAGUCAAGAUCAUAAGUCAAAGAUUGAGAAUGAAGGUAGAUCUAUCAAAGAUUCUGUAAUUGAAGAUGCAGACACAGAGCCAACAGGUGUGGAUUGUGGGAAAAAGACAAAAAGGGCAUCACUAAGAAAGAGUAUGCCAAGAAGCAAAUCAGACCAUAAACCAAGUACGGAUAAUAAAGUAGGGUCAGAUCAAAAACGUAUUUCAGGAUGUGAAAAAAAUUGUGAAGCAAAAAGGAAUGUGAAACGGGGGAUUCAAAACGAGCCGCCUGGAGGCCCAGAGGAAACUUUGCAGAUGAAGAAAAGUGAAAGGAAAGAUUCUGGAAGAACUGAGGAUCUAGUACCAAGCAAAGGCGGCUCACAUAUGCGGAGUGAACAAAAUGAGGAUCAACAUGUAUCUACAAAAAGAGGAAGACAAAAAGGUGACGAUUCCAUUACAAAAAAGAAGAGAGGGAGACCAUUCCAAACAAUCAGAAGCACUCCAACGAAAACAUCUUUGAUGGGAGAAGGCUCGAAAAUAAUAUCGCCAAAUAGAGUUGAUAUCAGCUAUCAGGCAAUUUCAAAAAGAUAUGAGGUGUCUACAAAAAUUUACGACAGUCUAGAUUGCGGAACAAGCCAGAGAAUUGCGAGUGAAAACGGAAUAGCAAAAAGAAAAAGGGGCAGACCGCCCAAGAGAACUGUGCAGGAAGGAAGUGUAAACAGUUUGAUACAUGAAGGAGUGACAAAUUUAGAGGAAGAGAAAUCAGCGCAUGUGCAAGUAAAAGAAUUGGAGAAUAAAGCAACUACAGAAACUCCUGAAACAAAUGAAUGUUCAGAGCAACUGAGGGAUUCAAGUAGAAAGAAACAAGUUCGAAACAGUUAUAUGCAAAUAAAUGAAAAUGUGGAACAAGGAAAAUAUUUAGAGAUAGGCAAGGAAAUUCCAGCGACUCCUAAUGAAAUAAAUGUCAGUGUAUGUGUUCAUAAGAAAAACAUAGAGAUGGAGGAACCAGGUAGAGUUACUUCUCCUAAGAAUGCUGUGGAGGCAGUUACUCCAACCAAAAGUCUAUUGAUAUUGAAUAAAGAUACACCAAGGAUAAGAAAAAGUGUCACUUUUGCCGACAGCUUAAGCAACCUAGAUGAAAACGAGAUUGUUGCUGAACCGCAAAAUGAAGACCCGAUUGCAGAAUCCCCGAAAACUAAUCUUUUCCCAGCUAGAGAUCAUCCACGUCCUGACGACGUGGACCAGAAUCAGCAGAAUCAAGUUGAAAUCCAUGAAAAAGACGAUCAGAUCAAGAAGGAUUUGCAGACAAGACAAAGGACGAUAGACAGUGAUUUGGAACUGGAAUCAGAACCUAAAAGAAUGAAAGAAGAUCCCAGGUGUUGUGGUUACGAUUUGUCGCUAAUAUCUAAGAACAAACACCAAAAAAAAUAUAUCUCAGAAGAAAGUGGUUCCGAAUUUGAAAGUCGGCACAAAAAGAAGCGUGGCGACGAUAAGAAAAACAAAAUAAAAAUAAUGUACGUGACGACAUCUUCAGAAAGCUCUGAUUCAGAAGAAGACUUUAUAGAAUGUAGACCAUUGUCGAAAAAAGGUGAAAAAAAUCGAAAGUUCAAUAAGCGAAGCUUUUUCUCCGAAUCUGACGAAGAAUCUGAAUCGUAUGUCUCGUCCUUGUCCGAACAACGAGUGAUAAAACAUAAACAUUCAAAAAUAAAAUCUAAAAGAGACGUUUUGCAUCACGAGGAAAGAAAAGGGAAAUAUCGAAUCAGCGGCUCUGAUUCAAAGUUUGAUGAUCGUAAACGACGUAAACCCAAGCAUAAAAGAAAACAUGAUGAUAAAGAGGCAUUGAAGUGUAGAAAAGACCAAAGGAACAGGUGGUUUGGAAGGCACUAUGGUUGUCAUUUAUCAGAUUCAGAUCGGGAAAAUUAUAAAAGGAGUCGACGAACUGAAAAUAAGGAAUUGUACCAUCGUGAUGAUGCGAAAUCUAAAAGGACAACAAAGAGAAUGCAUAAAGCGGAUGAAAGCGACUCGUCCGAAUCUGAAGAGGUAGUUCGUAAAAUGAAUAAAAACCAUUCAAUUUACGAUGAAAGUCGCCUGCUUGUGCAGCAUCAUGAAAGAGAUAAUGACACAUCUUCAGGUGAUGAAGCCGUGCAAGCCACACCGAUUGUAAAGCCAAAAGAAUUGGUUGAUGCUGGGACUUCUCCAUUGAACUUUGAGAAUCUAAAUGGGAAUUUGGCAACCAGGCAAUCGAUCAAUGAAGGAAAUGAGAUUGGAACGGUACCAGAAAAGCGAGUAGAUCUCGAAGAAGGUGGAAUCCUAUCAAAAACCUACGUGCCACAGAAAGAAAAGAAGAAAGAAAAUCUUCUCAGACUGGUUGACAUGCUUGCUAACAAGAGCAGUAGUAAGAACAGCCGUAGCACUCAACGAAAUAGAAGCAAAACCAGUUCAAACCGCCUGACCAGCGGAGGGUUCACGUCUUUAAAGCGUUUGAGUCUCGGCCAAUUCAAGGGCAAAAAAUUGGCACCCGAAGAAGGUGCGGAUAGGCGGAAUGUGUCAUCGCUCGCUGGUUCCGAUGAAACGAUCUGCACCGAGAGUUCUUCCAACAGCUUCAGCAGCAUCGAUAGUUACUUGCUGAGGAAGUAUUAUAGGAGCACCGAUGAAAAGUCAGCUAGAGACGACGCACAUUGCAGAAGUUCUCCUCGUCUAUUCGAGACACCAGAUCAGCAAGAUAAGAAUCAAUUCUUCUGGGACGAAGGCGGCAUAUCGUUUAGCUCCGACGACGAAGAUACUUUAGUGGAGACCCCUGAUGGUCAUUGGAGGGGUGAAGAUCUACCGACAGCCCCGGAAAACUUGUCUUUGGGCGUUACUCUCAAAAUGGGAUUCCCUUUUCGCAAGGAGGUGGGCAUGUUGCCAAGUUCAACCACCGCUGACUGCGGUUCAUCCGCGGAUUCUGAUCAGUCGUGGUUGAAAUCUGAUAAAAAAAUCAGCCUAACACCAGUCAAACCUCCAUCGGUUAAAAGGAAAGCUGCUCAGAAGGCAUCAAAAGUGUAUCAGAAAAAGGAACUCUUAAUUGAACGCCAAGAGCUCAAAUCGCCUAAGUCUCCACUAAAAGCUGUUCGUAACGAGCAAGUACAGGAAACGCAACAGCGUCCGUCUACUUCAAGGUCGCAACGUACAGAUGCAACUGUAGACAGCCAAAAACGUCGGUCUGUUUUGAAUUCAGAUCGCGAAGAGCUUCAAUCGCCAAGGACACGAUCCAAGUCGCAAAAUGAGCCCGUUGAGAAAAACAGACAGCGGUCGCGCACUUCAAAUGACGGAAGGCAAAAUGAGGGAAACGUCUCAUUAAAUCGAAUCGGCGAUAUAUCGGAACGCGAAGCGAGGAUAGCGCAACUGGAUGCAGCACUUUACGCCGAAAGUCCACGGGUGGAAACGGUGCAAGAUGGCGGUUCUGGUGGGAUUGGGAGAAAGGAGACUGUUUCUUUACUUGUAGAUGAAGGCGCGCAAACAUCUUCAAAACGACGUACUGAUGGAUGUUCAAAAACCCCCGUCGGCGGCAUGCAGACGGAUUCUGCCGAACGAAUAGAUGAGGCGAGCUGCAGCAAAUCGGGCAAGCAUUUACCGGCCUCGCGUCGACUAGAUUUUGCCACAAACGAAAAUCAACGCGAAAGCGCAGCAAAACAAAGUUACGUCCUUCCUGCCAUCGUCGAAUCUGACAUCGAUGCGGUGAACGGUGCCAACAGCGGUGGAUCGGAAACAGUAAGAUUUUCGGAGACGAAUGCUGGUUGCAGUGCUGGAAAUACCACGAAAAGAGGCAGGGGCCGAAAUAGGAAGGCCCCGCAGAUGAACUCGAAAAGAUCUGUUGGCAUCAGCGGUGGCAGUAUCAUUCCUGACGAGCCGUUUGAAACGACCGUCUUCCGAAGAUCCUGUCGAGAACGAAGGCCGCCUAAGACGUCGCUCGAUCAUCUCAUCUUACUAGUGAGCAGCAAAAGAGAUCUGAAGGCCAUCAACAAGGAUAUACCUAAAGAAUGCUUGCAUCUAGAUUUGACAACUGUGGCAAACCGAGAGAGCAAAAUGUUUAGCGGAACCAAUAGAACGACUAGAAUGAUUGGCGGGGGCAGGCAACCCAGUCUACAGCGGACGCUGACUGGUAAUAAUAACUCUACCGCUUCGCAAAGAACAACCAGGCAACACCCAGCGGACAGUACACUGCAAGAUGAUGGUGGAAAGCGGUCAGAGAAGAGUGGGCAGACCCAAAGAACAUCAAAUACAAUAUCUGAUGAGGAACAUGUAGCUCCAAUUCAGGAUAGCACCUGCGAUUCUGGUAUGGUCGAUAAUGGAACGAUGAGCGUUACAACAGGUGAGCCAUCUACAUCGACAGGUGUGACAUGUAAAACGUCAAACCCAUUGCAGACUGGAGCGACCAAUUACAGCAACAGGAUUCGUUCCGGCUCGAUAGCUCGGGACUCGAACAUCUCCACUUUGAAUGAACCUAAUCCAUCAAGUGUCUACUUCGAUACGCAGGCAGUGGAAUACGAAAGUACAGAUUCAAAAAAUAAACAUCUGCUGGUAGGCCCUUCAAUGGUUAUGAGGAAUAUGAACCAUGUACUGAUAAAACCGGGCGGCGAGAAAUUGUACAGCAGGUCUAACAAAACCGAUCUGGUAAGUUAAUGUAGGAUACCUGUAUUUGCCAAUCUUUUUUUAUGAUGGAUGAUAAAGGGAAACUCAGUACCUAUACCCCAUUCGUAGUCCAUUUACGCCCAGACAAAACACAACAUGCCCAAAAGCGAGAUUGUACAGGUCCGUAUUUACCUCGAUGGUCUUGGAAUAAUCUAACAAAGUAAAUGAUAAUUUUUAUAGAAAGAAGCGAACAUACUUUCCAGAAUUCUAUAUUCACUGGAAGUAUUUGAAUCAUUGUCCGAAUUGUUAAUAGUAAUUAUUACAGGUUCAGUUUGAAUAUCGGUCAUAUUGUACAGAUCCCACAUCUUUGUUUCGAUUGUCUCUUGAACGUGACGGAUGCAAUGGUUUGCCGUCACUCCGUUGGCACCUUCAUCAAACAAAUUUUUCACUUCAGAAAAUUUGAA